CACGCAGGACGACGCUCCUUCUUCUUUCUGUUGAGACAACCACCUGCAUCAGUUUCAGGUUUUGACCCUCUAUACCGAGUGCAAGUACAAAAAGUACCACUUCAGCGGUAUACAUAAAAGAUAAGAUUCAUAGAGAAACAGACCUACUGUGAAUACUAUAGACUUGCACUAAGGAUCUCGCGCCAGUGUAGACCAAUGGCUGUGGCUGGAAGCUUCAAUAUACCCGACAACAUCAUGUACAGCAUGGAGAUUAUCAGACUGGGCUCGUUCGCCACAUGGCCUGACCACGGGUAUCGUACGAUCAGUCCGAGGAAGUUGGCCAAGGCGGGGCUCUUCUAUACCGGUGAACGAGACAAAGUGACGUGCUUCAGCUGUGGGGGAAGCCUUGAGGAUUGGGGCGACUACUACGAUGAACCCCUCAACAAACACUUUCAAGAAUAUCCCGAAUGCGUAUUUGCCCGACAGAAGAUGGAAGAGGGAAAAGGAGCGGUUGGUGGGAGUGGAAUGGAUUGGGAGUCCCGUCAGGCGUCCGACAGGAUAGAGACAGCCAUGGGCAGGAUGAAAACCCUGGGCUGCGAUACCAGCUGCCCACGGGACCUGAACACCGAGGUUCACCGGCUACACACGUUCUACGACUGGCCCCGCGACGUCCCGGUCAACCCUGAGCAUCUGGCAAGGCUGGGCUUCUUCUACCUGGGUACGGGGGACGCCGUGGAGUGUGCGUUCUGUGGAGGUGUUCUACACCGGUGGGAGGAAGUGGACGACCCUGCCGAGGAGCACGCCAAUCACUACCCGCGCUGCCCCUUUGUCCGUGGCAACCCAACGUCAAACAUGCCAACUGAGGGCGAACGGUACAACCUUGGACGAGAACCACAGAAAAGUUCACUACCGAUUCAGGUAGCAUCACCACACCCAGCGACGUACACAUAUGGUCCAAAGCACCCGGAACUGGCUUCGCAAGAGUUGCGACUGACUACGUUCUUCAGUUGGCCGUCACGGUAUACAAGUUCGCCAACGAGACUCGCUGAAGCAGGCUUCUACUACACAAAUAUUGACGACGGAGUCAAGUGCUUCUGGUGUGACGGCGUCCUGAAGGAUUGGCGACCCGGAGAGGACCCGUGGACCGAGCACGCGCGAUGGUACGCGGAGAAAUGCGGCUUCGUCCUGCGUGAGCGAGGGAUCGACUAUGUCAUGGGAACGAAGAAGAAAUGUUCGCCUGAACUGGUUGGAGACGCUCAUCAGCCAGAAGACGAUGAGACCUCGCCCAAACAUUUCCGAGGAAGAGCAUUCGGCAAGAGGAGCCAAUAUAGGGGAGACGAAAGAAGACCAACAUCUGACUCCGAAGGAAGAAACAAUGAUGAUGACGAAGUGGAAGAUAUGCAGUGCUCCAUGGAGGCGCUCCAGACCAAACUGCAGCGUCUGACAGAAGAACGCCAGUGCAAAGUGUGCAGGCUCAGCGACGCCUGUACGGUGUUCCUCCCCUGUGGGCACAUGUGCUGCUGUGAGGGCUGUGCCAGCGUGCUGCAGCGCCGACGCGGCAAGUGUCCGUACUGCAAGGAGCGUUUCUCCCGGGUCAAACGAGCUUCCCUGGUGUAG